AGAGGAGACGUUGAUGUUACGAAUACUGUCCAAAAAUACGGUUGCGGGAUAUCGUGGCGUUUACCUUCUAGCUAAAACGUCUACGCCGUCUGAAUUAAUCAACAACUUAAUUCACACACCCGCUAAAAUAACUCAUUCGUUUAAUUGUGCCUGGUCGUCAAAAUUGUUUGAUAAUAAAUUAAUGCAGUAGUGAAGAAGAAUUAAAGGGGAAACAAUCAAGAAGUGUUUGCACAAAUUAUUCCGGUGAACGCUGAAGAUGCUGGCAGAAAACAAGUCGGACAUGGACGGAACAGGCGUAGCGUUGGCUAUCAGUGCCUUGAAGGUGCUUGCUUUCGUUUAUGACGUCCUCACGUACCCUGUGUACUUGAUCCUCCAAAGGCCAUGGAAAGUUAGGGCACUUGCCAGAAAAGUUCAGGCAACGAUUAUUGCAAGUGAAACUGAAUCGUCGAAAAAAGAUGUGCGCAUUGAUAUCAAUGGAUCCCUUAAUUCGGCUAUAGCCAAACAGGCUGUCGCAAUCACAAAAGACACCACCAGCAUCACAUACAGGUCCGUUCAACCUCCUGGAGAAAUCCACACAAGUAUGGUUAGGAACAAUAUCGACACCAUGACUAAGAUGUUGGAAUGGACCACGAAGAACUACCCCAAUAAGAGGUGCUUGGGAACGCGACAGAUCCUCAGUGAAGAAGACGAAUUACAACCGAAUGGGCGGGUUUUCAAAAAGUAUAAUAUGGGUGUUUACAAAUGGAAGACCUUCUACGAAGUGAACACCUUGGCCAGUAAUUUCGGCAAAGGAGUUCGCGAGCUCGGAAACGAACCCUUGAAGAAUGUCGUUAUAUUCGCUGAGACCAGAGAAGAAUGGAUGAUCGCUGCUCAUGGCCUCUUCAAGCAGAACAUCCCCCUAGUCACCAUCUAUGCUACAUUGGGAGACGAAGCAAUCGCCCACGGUAUCAACGAGACGGAAGUCACCACCGUCAUCACCAGUCACGAUCUUAUGCCGAAAUUCAAGAAUAUUCUGUCACAGACGCCCAAAGUGACCACCCUGAUCUAUAUGGAGGAUCAGCUGAGAAAACUGGACCCCACUGGAUACAAGGAGGGUGUUCAGGUUAUUAACUUCCAGGAAGUAAUAGAAAAAGGAUCAAAAUCGUCCAUUGCUGAAAAUCCCCCUACAGCAGAAGAUACGGCCAUCAUCAUGUAUACCAGCGGCUCCACAGGUGUACCAAAAGGUGUAAUUCUCCUUCACAAAAACCUGAUAACUACUCUGAAAGCCUUCUGCGACUCUACUAUUAUUUAUGAGGAUGAUGUUAUGAUUGGAUUCUUGCCAUUAGCUCAUGUAUUUGAGUUGUUAGUGGAGAGUGUAUGUUUGUUGAGUGCAGUGCCGAUCGGCUAUUCUAGUGCUCUAACCAUGAUUGACAGUGGGAGUAAAAUCAAAAAAGGCUGUAAGGGAGAUGCUACUGUGUUGCAUCCAACUUGCAUGACUUCAGUACCUCUCAUCUUGGAUAGGAUCUCCAAAAAUAUUCAAGAAAAAGUUAGUAAAAGUGGUAUCACAAAAAAAGUUCUCUUCAAAUUCGCAUAUGAUUACAAGGAAGCCUGGAAAAGGAGAGGUUAUAGUACGCCCUUGAUCGACAGAAUAAUCUUCGGUCCAGUAAGGGCUUUGUUAGGAGGUAGAAUGAGGCUUGUUCUAACUGGUGGUGCUCCUCUCUCACCAGAAACCCAUGAACAAAUCAAUAACUGUCUGUGUGUGAAAGUAAUUCAAGGUUAUGGAUUGACAGAAACUUGCUCUUCUGCUACGGUCCAAGACUUCUAUGACAUGUCAUUUGGUCGUGUUGGAGCUGCAACUACAGUAUGUGAUAUAAAAUUAGUCAAUUGGGAGGAAGGCAACUACAGGGUUACAGAUAAACCUUAUCCUAGAGGGGAAAUCAUCAUUGGUGGUGACAAUAUCAGUGCAGGAUAUUAUAAGUUGCCAGAUAAAACAGAUGAAGAUUUCUUCGAAGCAGAUGGUAGAAGAUGGUUCAAGACUGGAGACAUUUGUGAGAUACAUGAAGAUGGUGUAGUCAAAAUCAUAGAUCGUAAAAAGGACUUGGUGAAAUUGCAAGCUGGGGAGUACGUUUCACUAGGAAAAGUGGAAGCUCAAUUGAAAACCAGUCCCCUAGUUGAUAAUAUCUGUGUAUAUGGGGAAUCCUCAAAGGAUCAUUGUGUAGCUCUUGUUGUUCCUAAUCAACAGCAGCUGAUUGAUUUGGCUGCUAAGAAGGGUUACACGAAAUCAUUCGAUGAACUUUGCAAAACUCCAGAAAUAGAGAAAAUUGUCCUUCAAGAAUUGGCUGAUCAUGGAAAGAAAAAUAAAUUGGAAAAAUUCGAAAUUCCCGCUGCUGUAAAGCUUGUGACUGAGGUAUGGUCCCCUGAUAUGGGUCUGGUCACAGCAGCAUUCAAGUUGAAGAGAAAAGAUAUCCAAGAAAGAUAUAAAAGCGAAAUUAAUAGAAUGUAUGCUUCCUGAAAGCGGAACCAAUAAAUGUGAUAUUUUACAUAAGUUGUUUGAUGAAGAUUGAUAUCCUUCGAGUACUGAAAAGAUGCAAUGAGCUCAAUUACGAAGAAUGAUGGUAAACAGUAAAAAAAUGCUCUAUCUUUCCUCUAUUAUGUGGAUAUUGUGUAUUAUUUUUAAGCUAGUACUCGUUCAUGUAUAUAUUCUAGAUAUCUAUUGUACAUAUUUAAAUGAAAUUUUUUCAUAGUAGGAUUUGUCUACUAUGUUUUUUCCAGUUUUGGUUUCAAUUGAAACCUCUAUCGACAUUUGAUUAAAUUGUUUUGAAAUAUUUUUUCCAAGCUAAAAUAUAUGUUCUCUCAUUUUACAUUUAAGUGAGAACACAGUAGAUUAUUACCUGUCAAAAGGAUCAUUAUUAAAUGUUCCAAAUUUUAGGACAGCAUUAAUUGGUUUACAAUUCCAAAAAUAUAUUGUAUAGAAUUCACAUAAAAAGUGAAUUAAUUUGUGAAAUUCAUUCAGCAAAUGUAGAUCUAUAUAAAAAUCGUUGAAAUGAAAUAAAUUCAAUAAAUCCUAUGUAUCCCAAUAAUUUGCCUGGAUGUAUAUUUAUGUCUGUCAUAAUCUUGCUCUUCUAGUUGAUGAAUUUCAUUUUAUUUCUUAAGAACAAGAACAAUAAUAUUUGCCAAAUUUAGUUUUUGAUUCAAAAGUUAGGUUACUCUCGAAGGCAGUAAGAGUGGUGCUUUAAAAUAAGAUAAUUUUUAUCGAUAUACUUCGGAAUGGGUUGUAAGGAGCUUAAAGUUUACAUCACAAUUUUGUAAAAAUAGCAAGACUAGAUAUAUCACUUUUUUUAUCAGCUAAUGAAACAAUUCAAUAAUUUAUUAAAUGAGUGGAUGUAUUUAAUUCAAUAGUGUAAAUAGAGCAAUUAAAAAAAUAAAUUUACAUGAUUUUUA